AAACUACAACGAAUGCUGGAAUUUCUCGAAGUGCAAGAGGAAUACAUAAAGGAUGAGCAAAGGAACCUGAAAAAAGAGUACCUUCAUGCCCAAGAAGAGGUGAAACGUAUCCAGUCUGUACCAUUGGUCAUUGGACAGUUCCUUGAAGCUGUUGACCAGAAUACUGGCAUUGUUGGCAGCACAACAGGAUCUAAUUACUAUGUCAGAAUCCUAUCAACCAUUGACCGUGAGUUACUGAAGCCUUCGGCUUCUGUAGCCCUACACAAACACUCUAAUGCUCUUGUGGAUGUUCUGCCUCCUGAAGCUGAUAGCUCCAUUUCUAUGCUGCAAGCUGAUGAGAAGCCAGAUGUGCAAUAUUCUGACAUUGGAGGAAUGGACACUCAGAAGCAAGAGAUUAGAGAAGCAGUAGAACUGCCUUUGACUCAUGUGGAACUUUACAGGCAGAUUGGUAUUGAGCCUCCUAGGGGUGUCCUUAUGUAUGGCCCACCAGGUUGCGGCAAAACUAUGCUUGCUAAAGCUGUUGCACAUCAUACUACAGCUGCAUUCAUCCGUGUGGUGGGCUCAGAGUUCGUGCAGAAGUACCUCGGCGAAGGGCCUCGCAUGGUGCGCGACGUGUUCCGUUUAGCAAAGGAGAAUAGCCCUGCCAUAAUUUUCAUCGACGAGAUUGACGCAAUUGCCACUAAACGAUUUGAUGCUCAGACUGGCGCUGACAGAGAAGUUCAGAGAAUUCUACUGGAGUUACUCAAUCAGAUGGAUGGCUUUGACCAGACUACUAAUGUCAAGGUUAUAAUGGCGACGAACCGUGCUGACACUUUGGAUCCCGCUUUGCUCAGACCUGGCCGUCUUGACAGGAAGAUUGAGUUCCCCCUACCUGACAGACGUCAAAAACGCCUUAUAUUCUCAACAAUUACCGCAAAGAUGAACCUGUCUGAAGAAGUAGACCUAGAGGAAUUUGUGGCGCGGCCCGAUCGCGUUUCCGGCGCUGAUAUCAACGCCAUCUGUCAAGAGGCAGGCAUGCACGCUGUUAGAGAAAACAGGUACAUUGUCCUCCCCAAAGACUUCGAGAAAGGAUAUAAGAACAAUAUCAAGAAAGAUGAAAGUGAAUACGAAUUCUACAAGUAAAUAAAUUUAAUCUGCAUUUUAAAUAUGUAUCUGAUUUUAAUUAAAAUAAAUAAUUUAACAACAAGC